CAGUGUCAUAUCAUAUUGUGCGUCAAUCAAGGACUCAAAAAGCACCGUUAUCCCGACUCUAUUCCCACAAUCUCCCUCCUCUCCUGCAUCGAGUCGAGGCCCGUUAUUCCAAUCAAUCCAUCCAUCCAUCCUCGGGUUCCUCACUGCGUUUUUUCUAUCAAUAAUAAACUACAUCGACUCUUUCGCAGCAUCAACGAUAGAUAGUAGGACGUACACAGAAGUGAUCGGCAGGGCGGCUGAUCUAGGGUUCUUUCCCAAUUGUGGAGAGAGAGAGAGAGAGAGAGAGAGAGAGAGAUCCAAGGUUGGGUUGGGGAUUUCGGAUUUCUUCUCCUUCUCUGAGUAGUUCUUCUCUCCAAAAAAAAGUUCGAAAGCCACGGGGGCACAGGAUUGAUCAGUAAGUAUUCGAUGAUCCUUCCUUCCUUCCCCUCGCUUUCUCUCUCUCUCAGUCUGCUGUCCUAGUGCCGCAAUGUAGAUGGACGACACAGUACAUUUUUUGAUACGCUGGCCUUCUUCUCCUUCCUUCCAUUGAUCUCCUUUCACUGCAUCAGUCUCGCUCUUCCUCAUCCUUUUGAUUUUCGCGUUUGCUCUCUCUCUCUCUCUCUCUCUCUCUGCUAACCAAGUUCCUGCAUGUGUGGAGAUAAUUGCCCCAUUGAGAUGGGCUGUUGUGGUUGCUUCGGCUUCUUGAGGAAGCCUCAGAGAUCCCUAGUACCCAUCCGCGGCACUGGCCCCCGCUUCUCCCAGGAGUUUCUCUUGCCCGAAGGCGGAGAUGAUGUUGAUGGUGCCCUAUUUAAUGCAGAUGGGACUGAAAUUAUGAACGGAAAUGUAAGUGGCUUUCGCCCUCCUUCUAAAGGCGCUGAAGAGAUCCUCUUGUUCAGAGCUCGAAGUGGCUUGAUAUGCAGGGAAAUCCCAGUCAAGGAAACUCGCCAAGUUAUUCGUACUGAGGAUGAGAAUGGAAAUAAGAUGGUUAAUGAGUAUGUCCGUGAGUACAAGAUUGGGUCUGGUAGCUAUGGCAAAGUGGUUCUGUACCGGAGCACUAAAGAUGGUAAACACUAUGCAAUCAAGGUUUUCCACAAAUCACAUCUGCUAAAGUUGCGAGUAGCACCAUCAGAAACUGCCAUGACUGAUGUUCUUAGGGAGGUAUCUAUCAUGAAAAUGUUGGACCAUCCAAACAUCGUUAAUCUAAUUGAGGUUAUUGAUGACCCAACUACAGAUCACUUUUACAUGGUUCUAGAGUAUGUCAAAGGCAAGAGGGUAUGUGACGGUUCUGGUUCUUGUCUGAGCGAAAGUACUUCCAGAAGAUAUCUGCGAGACAUAGUUGCUGGUCUCAUUUAUCUACAUGCUCAUAAUAUUGUUCAUGGAGACAUUAAACCUGAUAACCUUCUGGUGACAAGCAAUGGAAAUGUGAAGAUAGGAGAUUUCAGUGUUAGCCAGGUUUUUGAGGAUGACAAUGAUGAGCUCCGUAGAUCCCCAGGGACUCCUGUAUUUACUGCGCCAGAGUGCUGUCUAGGUGUGACAUACCAUGGUAAAGCUGCUGACACAUGGGCGGUUGGAAUUACCUUGUAUUGCAUGGUUGUGGGUCAGUACCCUUUUCUCGGAGACACUCUACAAGACACUUAUGACAAGAUAGUGAAUAACCCACUGACAGUGCCGAUUGAUAUGAAUCCACUAUUAAGAAGCUUACUGGAAGGCCUCCUCUGCAAAGAUCCCAAGCAACGAAUGACGCUCCGUGCCACGGCUGAGCAUCCUUGGGUUGUUGGGGAUGAGGGUCCAAUAUCAGAGUUUUUGUGCAGGUGCAGGCGCAACAGUUCUUCAUGAGAAGGCCCCUCUCUUAUUAAAUCUGAGGGGAACGCUCAUGUGAAAUGGGUGCCCAGAGUUGCUUGGAUUACCCGUUACAACUAUAAAUAAACCUAAUGUAGACAGCCAGGUUUUGGCACAAAAGGACGUGUCAAAUGAUGAAUAAUAGCAUCUCCCAAAAGAUGAGAUCGUUGUCGGCCCUUUCUUCCUAGUGCCGUGCAAUUGUGGUUUUUGGCAGGUGCUCCAGCAUCACCAUUUGCUCUUUUUUUUUUUUAACUUUUUUGUUUGUCCUGCAAUUCAUUUAAACUGGGCGGAUAUGUGGGCAUUCUAUGAACAAUUGUGUAAAUUGUGUGCAGCAGUCAUAUGCCAGUAUAUAUUUUUGUUUUAAUUCUAACA